AAUUUCUCACGUACUAAGAUCUAAUUCUACAGAAUGUGUUAACCCCUAACAAAAUUCAGUUUAGUUUUGAAAAGAAAAUCAUUGAGACAGCAGAAAUCUUCACUUGACGAUGGCGCAUUUGGCAGUUGUUAUUACAGCAUUUCUAGCUCUGGGAGCUCAUGCUCAACUUCUGGAUCCCUGCCAUAACUAUCAUUGCUUCAACGGUGGUCAUUGCACUGCCCCCGCGGACUUUCCGCAUUGCGUUUGUCCUUCAGGAUUUUCAGGCUCUCACUGUCAAACAGCAGUACCUGUUGGAAGACAAAUAGGAUUCAUUUGGGAUCCAUGUGCUAACUACCAAUGUGCUAAUGGGGGCCAUUGUACUGCCCCAGCUGACGCCCCGUACUGUGUUUGUCCAGUAGGAUUCACCGGAACUCAUUGUACAAUAGCAACCCAUAUAGGCAAACGUAUUGUUAUAUCACGUGACCCUUGUGUUAAUUAUCAUUGUGAAAAUGGAGGUAUUUGUACAGCACCAGCAGAUGCGCCAUAUUGUCUGUGUCCUGUGGGUUUCGCCGGAAACAGAUGUCAGUCGACACUUGUGUAAUGUCAAAAUUUACAUUUUGUCUUUGAUGCAAGAAAAAGAAACUAACUAAAUAAAUGUAAAAAUAUUGUUUCAGAUAUAAA